UCUUCCCUUAUAAGACAAGUCUCUCGUUUUCACUUCUCAACGAUGCGUCUCAUAAUCCAAUCUCAAAUUUCAAAAUCCUUAUCCCAGAAAUCCAUCCAUCGGAAAUUCCCAUUUGAUUUCCCGAAAUCCCAUUUUCACUUCACCCCAAACCCUCAAGACCAGGCAAGCAUUCACAUUUUUCAUUUUCUGGGUCCCAAAAAGAAGUCUGCUUUUCUCCAUUCAUUUGCAAAUUCUGAUGAAAGAACUGGCUUUCAGCAAAAUCCAUAUGAGAAGUAUUCGUUGAAUCUCCAGAACGUUUUGAAAAACCAUAGAAAUAGCAGAACAGAAGAGAUUGAGUUAGCUCUUGAUCAAUGUAUGGUCACGAUAACUGAUGGUUUGGCCUUGGAUUUCGUUAGGCGAAACCGGUCUGAUUGGAAACUAGCUUAUGUUUUCUUCCAAUGGGUGUCUAAAAAAGCUGAAAUUUCUCUUGGUUUUGAUGUUUACAAUGAAAUUCUUGACAUCCUGGGAAGAAUGCAUCGGUUCGAAGAGUUGAAUAAGGUGUUCGAUAAAAUGUCUGAAAGAGAAGGGCUUGUUGAUGAAAGGAUUUUUCGGAUUUUGCUUAAUAGGUAUGCUGCUGCACAUAAGCUGGAGGAUGCGAUUGGGGUGUUCAAUAAGAGGAAAGAAUUCGGAAUCAAGGAUGAUUUGGUUGCAUUUCAAGUUCUUUUAAUGUGUUUAUGUAGGUAUAAGCACGUAGACACUGCAGAAACUUUAUAUCAAUCAAAAAGGAGAGAGUUCGGCUAUGAUUUAAAGACGAUGAAUAUUGUUCUCAACGGAUGGUGCGUGUUGGGGAAUGUACAUGAGGCUAAAAGGUUUUGGAAAGACAUAAUCGAGUCGAAAUAUAAACCAGAUUUGGUUACCUAUGGAACAUUUAUAAAGGCCUUGACGAAGAAGGGGAAGCUAGGUACCGCAAUGAAAUUGUUUCGGGGAAUGUGGGAGAAAGGGUGUAAUCCUGAUGUGGUGAUUUGUAAUUGUGUCAUCGAUGCACUAUGCUUCAAGAAGAAGAUUCCCGAGGCUUUGGAAGUGUUAAACGAGAUGGAGGAACGUGGUUGUGCCCCAAAUGUCGCAACAUACAACUCGCUUAUCAAGCAUCUAGGCAAGAUUGGGAGGAUGGAAAAGGUUUAUGAGAUCUUGGAUGAAAUGGAAGGGAAGGAAGGGUGUUCACCAGACAAUGUAACUUUCAAUUACUUGCUCCAGUUUUCGAAGAAACCGGAGGAUGUUCCUGGUAUUUUUGAGAGGAUGGAGAGAAACGGUUGCAAUAUGUGUUGUGAUACAUACAAUUUGGUCUUGAGGUUGUACGUGAAAUGGGAUCAUGAAGAAAAAAUUAGACAUACUUGGGAUGAGAUAGAGAAAAGUGGAUUUGGACCGGACCGGCGAUCUUACACAGUUAUUAUUCAUUGGUUGCAUGACAAGGGAAGGGUUGAAGAUGCUUUGAGCUAUUUUAAUGAGAUGACAUCUAAAGGAAUGGUGCCAGAGCCAAGGACUGAGAUCUUGGUGAGUGCCAUGAAGAACAAGUUGAACGAGCAAGAAGGUGAAAAGCACAAGGGCCGAGGGAUAAAUGGUAAAUCACCGAGGCUUAGGUCCAAAAGGUUUAAAAGAACCAAAGCUGGGUAA